AUGUUUAGUGUGCCUUCCACAAAUAGUGAUAUGCAAGAAGAUGAAGAUGUUCAAGAAGUAUAUAGUAGUGGGUUGCCUAAAAAACCUGUUUUAGGUAAAAGAAAGGGUACAAAUCCGGUGGAUAAUUUCUUUGCUCCAAGAACUACUCCAGGAGCUCAACCUGGUCUUAAAAGUGUGUUCCAAAGUAAAGAAAGGGUGAGGCAAGCUGAUAUGGCUAUUGCAAGAUUUCUGUAUGACAAUUGCAUUCGUUUUAAUGUAGUGAAUUCAGUGUACUACCAAAAGAUGAUUGAUGCCGUAGCUGCUGCUGGUCCUGGCUACAAAGGUCCAUCUUAUCAUGCUGUACGGGUCCCUUUGUUGAGGGAUCAAAGGAAAGAGGUUCAGUUGUUGGUUGAGUCACAACGUAGGCAUUGGGCAGAUACUAGACAUAGGUCAUUGAUUAAUUUCCUUAUUUAUUGUCCUAGGGGAAUGGUAUUUGUAAAAUUAGUUGAUGCCUCAGAUAUUGUGAAGAGUACUAGAAACUUAUUUAAACUGUUUGAUGAAGUAGUUACAUGGGUUGGUCCAAAAAACAUAGUUCACAUGGUUACUAAUAAUGCUUCCAAUUAUGUAUCUGCUAGUAAAUUGUUGUGUGAAAAGUAUAAAACUAUUAGUUGGUCUCUUUGUGCAGCACAUUGCCUGAAUCUUGUGUUGCAGGAUAUGGGAGACAUGCCUCAUGUGGAGAGACUUAAAAAACGUGCAUCCAAAGUUACAGUUUUUAUUUAUAAUCAUGUGGCUUUGAUUGCUUGGUUGAGGAAGAGACCUGGUUGGACAGAUAUUGUACGUGUAGGAGCAACAAGAUUUGCUAUUACUUUCCUUUCAUUUGGAAGUCUUCAUGUGCAUAAGCAUGACUUACAAGCCUUAGUGACUAGCAAGUUCUUUGUGGACAAUAGAUUGGCAAGAGAGUCAAAGGCAAAAGAAGUAGUUUCUAUCAUUUUAGAUAAUUCUUUUUGGGAUGAUAUUAAUGUUCUUGUCAAGAUUUCAUCGUCACUCAUUCGUUUGUUACGGAUUGUUGAUUCUGAUCAAAGGCCUGCAAUAGGAUAUGUGUAUGAGGGCAUGCAUGGAGCACGGUUGGGAAUCAAGAAGAUCUUCCGAAUGAAGAAGCACUUGUACAAGCCAUACACCUCAACUAUAAAAAACCGUUGGGACAAACAUUUGCGUAAAGAUCUUCAUGCUGCUGCAUAUUGGUUAAAUCCCGCUUUUCAAUAUGAUGAGGAGAAUUUUUGUCGGAAACCAGCAGUACAUGUGGUUGUUUUGGACUACAUUGGGACAAAAUAUGAUGGUGACAAAGAAAAGGUAAUUAAGGAAACCCAAUAUUUUCGAGACCGUAUUGGGAGCUUUGAUAGAGAUCUUGCAUUAUCAACAAGCACAACCACUCAUCCAGAUGAAUGGUGGAAGUUGUGGGGUGCUGAUACUCCAAACUUGCAAAAAUUGGCAAUUAGAAUCCUUAGCCAAACUUCUGCCUCUUCUGGAUGUGAGCUUUGUUGGAGUUUAUUUGACCAAAUACAUUCUAAGAGGAGAAAUAGAUUGAAGCAUCAAAGGCUCAAUGAUCUUUUGUUUGUUCAUCAUAACUUGCGAUUGAAAUAUAGUAUCGACAAAACUGAUUUUUGGGUAUUUGUGGAAGAGGAAGACCCAUAUCUUAAUUAUGAAGAGUUGGAGAAUGCAAUUUAUGAAGAGGGUGCAUAUCCAGCAAGUGCAGGACCUUCUUCUAAUAUUGAACAAUUUGUAGAUGAUAGCAGUGUUGUUGAAGGAAUUGAUUUGGAAACAUUUGGACAUCCUGUUGGCCCUCCUCCUGGAUUUCCAAGGAAUGAUGAUGAGCAUGAUAACCAUCAUGACAUUGAUGAUUUAUGA